CGCGGCGAGGCACGUGAUCGAGGUGGGUGCUUUUGUUCGCUGCUGCUGAGAGCGUGUGUGGUAUUCAUCGGCAGACACAGAUUCUGGGUGGCGUUUUUCUUUAAAUCUUCAAUCAUCAUGGCUGAGAGUGAUAUUAAAAUCAAAGAGCUGGAAAAGCGUGCUUCUGGCCAGGCAUUUGAGCUUAUUCUAAGCCCUCCAUCUACGGAUGCUGCUCCAGACAUUGCAAUCUCCUCUCCAAAGAAAAAGGAAUGCUCACUGGAAGAAAUUCAAAAGAAGCUGGAAGCAGCAGAGGAGAGGCGUAGGUUACAUGAAGCUGAAAUCUUAAAGCAACUUGCAGAGAAGAGAGAACAUGAGAAAGAAGUUCUGCAGAAAGCUAAAGAAGAAAAUGAUAAUUUCAGCAAAAUGGCAGAAGAAAAAUUAACUACAAAAAUGGAGACCAACAAGGAAAAAAGGGAAGCCCAGAUAGCUGCAAAAUUGGAACGAUUGCGAGAGCUGGAGAAGAAAGGUGAAGAAAUCAGGAAGAGCAAAGAAGGCAAAGAUGAAAACUGAACAUUUUUGUCUGCAUACAGCCCAGGGUUGCAGAGUUGAUCCCAUCAGUGUUCUCCUCACCUGUAUAUGUUUAGCAUCUGUUAUGUAGACAGGCAUUCUGCACUGUUUGCUUGGGUAAUGUGGACUUUGUAGCCUUUCACUUAUCCUGUUUUCAUACCAUACUGAUUACUGUUGUAUUGGAGAGUUUUGGUGUGGGGUUUUCUAGUCAUGUUAUACCAGUGUUCAGACUGUUACAUACUGCACUUAAAAUUAUGAAUGGUACUCUGUAUCUUUCUUGCAAUAGUUUUGUCCUAAUAAAACAGUUAAUCAUCA